GCACCUUCUUUCCACUCUCUCCUCGUGGUCGCGUCUUACUCGCUUAGCUGAAGCUGGCGCACCAUGUUUCGUGCCACGUCUCGUCUGCUCGCCUGUCGGGUUACCUUCUUCACACGAACUCCAUGUGGACUCUGCGACACCGCGAAAGCCGUUGUUCAAAAUGUCAAGUCGAAGAGACCUCUAGAAUACCAUGAGAUCAACGUCAUGGAACCAGGUCAGGAAAAAUGGAAAUGUCUGUACGAAUUCGACACGCCUGUGAUCCACAUCGACAAGGCUGGGUCUGGAGAAACCACCGAGUCCUCACUCAAGCUAAUGCAUCGUCUUAAAGAAGAAGAUGUCAUGAAGUUGAUGGAUCAAGCUGAGGGGUCUUGAACUCUACGAUAUACACAUGAUAUGCUUUCUGCGCAAAAUCACUAGAUCAUGCAGUACCGGGAUAUCUGCCUGGCAGCAUAUUUUCGGUACGGAAUCAAGUACAAAGUAUAUGUCACUGCAAAUAGCGAAUGUCAACAGGGCUCUUGCGAUCGACGGUGUCGCUCUUGUUGGACAUCGUUGUUGAAUUGGGUUUCUUCUAAAUCC